GUGUGUCAUUCACGUUCCCGAACAUUCGAGAUAUUUGAAUUCGACCAAUGAGAGUAUAUCAGCUGUUCCUGUAAAUUCUAGAGCUUUCUUGUGCAGAAACAGAUACGUAUAAAAACAAAGGUAGAUCGCCUGGAUUCAGUAUAACCGAAUUGUCAACUGUGAAGUGAAGUACUAAGUGUUUCUUCGAAAAGUAUUUAAAUAGUCUUGUUCAAGAGAGUGAGAAUUCGUUAGUGAUUUGAAGAAAAAUAUUUUAAAAUGGCAUUUCUUCCAAUAAUGUUUGGUUCAAACAACUGGGGACCUCAUAUUCGUUGCCCUCGUCGCUACCGGAAUGAUUUCGUCGGGGACAUUAUAACACCCCUAGCAAUAAUGCAAGCUAUGUUGGAUUCAGAAAAUGAACAAGAUUCAAAAAAUGUGAGUUCAACCCUCCAACAGCGACCGGCGUCGGCGGUAACUAUUGAUAAAAAUAAAUUCCAAGCCAAUUUUGAUGUGCAACAUUUUAAACCAGAUGAAAUUACUGUCAGAGUAGCUGACAAUUAUGUUACUGUCGAAGCUAAACACGAGGAAAAACAAGAUGAACAUGGCCACAUAUACCGACAUUUCAUCAGAAAAUACAAAUUACCAGAAAAUUGUGAUUCGAGUAGAUUAGAAUCCAGGUUGUCUACAGAUGGAGUUCUAACAGUAGUCGCUCCUCUUGUGGGGGAUAAAACCGAGCAGAGAACCAUUCCGAUAACUCAAACUGGCCAACCGGUUAGAACAGCCGAAAAGAAAAAACCGGAGGAAGAAAAACCAAUGGAGUAAAUCGAGUUUUUGAAAAAUCUCUUUUGUUAUAAGACUGUUUUUGCUGUAUUACGUAUUAUUUCCUAACUAGUUUUAAAAAAAUAAUUUAAGUUUUUUUUUAUUUUGUUAGUGUUUAAAUUUUUCUAUAGAAAAUGUAAGUUUUUUUUUAAAUUUGUAUUACAUUACACUACUAUGAAUGUAACAAAAAUUCAAUAAAAGUCAACUUUGAAUCA